AUGCCUUACAACAAUACACCAAUAGCGCCAAACAAGGAGAUUACGGGCCAUGUAUCGCUUCCUCUUGCACGCGUGCAAAAGAUCAUACAAGCAGACCCCGAACGCAUUACAACCUCCAAGAAUGCCGCCUUUGCCAUCGCACUAGCGACAGAAAUGUUCAUUCAGCACCUUGCGCAAACUACACACAAUGUUGUCAAAGCCGAACGUAAGCCACGGCGUAACAUCCAAUACCGCGAUGUCAGCAGUGCGAUAGCGAAGACGGAUAAUCUAGAGUUCUUGGUCGAUGUUGUGCCCAAGACGAGCACAUGGGGAACCGUGAAGAAGAAGCUGGAAGAGAGAGAGAAGGAGGACGCUAAGAAGAAGGACAAGGAUGGUCAGAAGGACGGAGUGGUGAAUGGACAGAAGACAUCGGAUGGCCCUGUUGACACGGCCGAGGAGGGCGCGGGUAAGGGCAAGGACACAGAGACGCCUACCAACGGCGAUGCAACCAUCUCGCCUACGCCAGCGAAACCAGACGAGACACCCGAUGCCAUGGAGGUUGACCAGGAGGUCGAGCGGGUAGAGGACAGCGAACCAGAAGAGGACGCUGCAGCGAUGCAAAUCGAGAUGGAGAUGCGCGGCCCACCCCGCCAACCUACGGCGAGUGCAAGCAAGAGUCCAGAAGCUAGGCGGUCAACUGGUGGAUUUACUGCGAUUAAUGGUCAAAAGUAA